AUGGAUCGAACAUCGCGUAGACGUGCUGGGCAACUAAUUAGCAGUAUGAAGGCCAAUAAGCGCAAAAAUAAUGAUGCUCUGCCAUCAACUGUGUUCAGCAACCAAGGCUCUGCGCUCAGCAAUAGCGGUACCAUCAUUGUGAACGUUAUUUCUGGAGCUAAAGAAGAUGAUAUAAAAAUGAUUAUACUAUUUUACAUAACAGGUCUAACCCUGAAAAAGUAUAUGAAUCCAAAAGACAGAAGGUUGAUCAUGUGGAAGACGCUGACAGCAGGCAAGUUGAAAGUGAAGAAGAUCUAUGGGAUGCUUGGCGUCAUUACAUUUAUGAGCCCUGAGAAGUAUCAUGUGAUUGAGUGUGGCUACUCCAUCAAAUGUAAGCCAAGUAUCCCUCAACAACUCUAUGAUCACUUGGAUACCGCAACUGUCACAAUAAACAAUCCUUUUAAGCAGCAUCCAGAGUAUAGUCUUGCUGUGCUUGAAGCACUAAAACCUUUGCCUAAAAAUUGGAAAGCAGCAAGAAAAGCUGUUGUUAAUCCUGAAGACAAUGAUGACGAUGAUGAAGGAGAAGAAAGCAAAGAAUUUUUACAAGAAUUAUUUCUAAUUAUGCAAAAGAAGGAUGUGGCUGCUGUAUUAAAAGAAUCUAAAGCCAGCUACAACUUGUUUGUCUUUUGGCCAUUGAUAAGUCUUGCUGCUGGGGAAUAUAUUUUGAAAGCCUCAAAAGAAGAAUAUAGAGCAGAUGCGUGUAUUCUUGAUGAGAAUGAUAGAGAUUAG